AUGGCACCAUCUUUUUCAUCAAUCCUCUCCUUUUUUUUCAUACUCCUAGUGCAGCACGCCGCCAAGGCUACCUCGCAAGUUUUGACUGCCAGCGUGGCUUCAUACGCACCUCUCAGCAUUGAAUGUCCAUCAAACCAAACGAUUUUGAGGCUAGCAGGUUCUCCGACUGGCAGAAAUCAGACAAUAUCGCAGGGCGAGGCAGAAUUUCGUAGAGGGCGGAAAUCAGUUACAGCCCCACUAUGGCGGGAUUUUUUCACCAACGGACCUGGCAAAGCGACUGGCUAUCAAUCCACUGCACUGUUAUCCCAAAACCAGAACGAUUGGCCGGUCCUGGGUAUCGCAUGUUCUGGGGGUGGAAUACGAGCGGCACUAUAUGCGGCGGGAGUCAUGCAAGCACUUGACUCAAGGACGAGUGCCAGUCCAAUCCGUGGGGUGUUUCAGCUUUCGUCCUAUAUCACCGGUCUGAGUGGUGGCAGCUGGCUGGUGACGUCUGCGGCUGCAAACAAUUACCCCAUGGUAUCCGAAUUGGUCUCAGGAUGGAAACUGGAGAUGGACAUGGUACAACCCGGAGGAAUUAAUGCUUUCAGAAACGCACAGUUUAUCGAUCAGAUACAUGAUACUUCCAAAAUAAAAAAAGAUGCUGGCUACAAUAUCUCGUUGACUGAUUUGUGGGGACGAGCACUGAGUUACCACUUUGCCCCAGGAACGACACCGGAUAAUUUUUACACGAAUUCGCCAUCUACGGCACAUGGUGCGGGGGAUCUUAUUUCGGGGCUGCGCAACAUGAGAACAUUCCAAAAGUUCCAGGUGCCCCUUCCGAUGGUAGUCAGUGAUCACAAGCCAUUGAACGAAACAGAAAUCAAUUCUAGCUCCGUUCCAGUCUCGGGAUCAACAUAUAUUCCACUUUCAGCUCCGGUAUAUGAGUGUUCGCCAUUCGAGUUUGGGAGCUUUGAUCCGCAAUUGAGCGCUUUCAUACCUUCGGAACUCUUGGGUACAAGUUUGAGUUCGGGAAAGCCCUUUAUUCCUUCAAGUGUAAAAAAAUCAUCGAAACCUAGUGCCUAUAAGAAAUGCGUGCGAGGAUUCGAUCAAUUGAGCUUCAUCAUGGGAAGUUCGGCCACAUUGUUUAACGCGGUAACAGGCGUGCCAGCAAAGUACAACGAAGUUUUCAAGAAAAUGAUCCAAAAGAUUGCAGACACUGCUUUAGACCGGUCAUUUACGGCUCGAUAUCCCAAUCCAUUCAGAGGUGUCAAUGGCCCAAUUAGUUUUGAUCGAUCGAAUUCUGACGAGCUGGUGAUCGUCGAUGGCGGCGAAAACGGCGAGAAUAUACCAUUCAAUCCUUUAUUAGCUCCAGCAAGACAGGUGGAUGUUAUCUUAGCAGCGGACGCCUCAGGUGAUUCCAAAUCAAGUAGCGUGAUUGGAGCCGGUUGGCCGAAUGGGAAAGGCAUGAUCAAUACCUUCCUCCGAGUUCACAAGGUAUUACCGCUCGGUACAGCUAAUUUCCCACCUGUACCGCUCAAUUCCACAGUUUGGGAAGAAAAAGGGUAUGCUUCACGCCCGACGUUUUUUGGCUGCAACGUCUCAAGUCAGGAAGGGAAUGGCGGAUAUCCAUUAGUGAUUUAUUUACCAAAUAGCCAAUCCCAGUCUGGCUAUUUGACCAAUACUUCAACGUUCAAACUUCAAUAUUCGAAAGACGAGUCAAGCUCAUUCCUUAAUUCGGUCAUGGACUCAACAACGAAGCCGAGAAUCCAAAACAGAAUAGACAAGGAUUGGGCGACUUGUCUUUCGUGUGGAUUGAUCGAUCGAGCAAGAAAUAGAUUAGGUAUUACUCGUUCGACCUCAUGCGAAAGCUGCUUCAAACGCUACUGUUACGCAUAUGAUGCCAGUAAAGAAGACGCAGCCACAGCAGCACGUAACUAG